AGGAUAAACAAUAUGGCGACCAGAGGAUUUAUACGUGGAUGGAAUUUUUCCUAUCCGAUCUUUGUUCCCUUGGAAAUAACUUUCAUCUCAAAAUGAAGGCAAAGAACAAAUUUUAACGAGUACAAAAAUUCACAGAUGAGUUGGUUUGAUACUUCGAGCUUUUCUUCGUUCGCUAAGACAGCUUUGACUCAAGCACAAAAUCUCCAAAAGUCCAUCGACAGAGUGUUAGAUAUUGAAGAUGAUGCUAGUUCUGCAUCUAACUCUUCAGGUAAACUCGUCACCAUUUUUAUGGUUCUAAAUUGUGUUCAUCUCCUAUAUUUUUAUGAAAAUCGUUAUUCUGGAUUUGUCUGUUGGACUAAAUUUCUAAUUGUAAUACCGAAAGCGUCUAGAAACCCGGCAGCUGGGAACUGUUUUCAAAAAAACUAGAUACCCGGCAGUCAGAAAUUUUGACUAAUUUUCUCUAAAUAGCUCGUUUAAUUCCUCUAAAAACACACGAUAUUCGUUUAGAAAUCUCAAGCGAUUGUAAGUAUUGCCUUGGGUUCAAAGUAGAAUAUUUUCUAAGUGUCGAAAACAUUGAAAUUUCACUCUAUACCCAAGCUCGAUCGCCACUUCUAUUUUUAACCCAAGGCAAUCUUUACAAUCGCUUGAGAUUCUUAAACAAAUAUCUUAUGUUCUUAUUAAACAAGCUAUUCCAGAAAAUUGGUCAAAAUUUCUGAUUGAAGGGUAUCUAAGUUUUUGAAAACAGUUUCUGGCUGCCGGGUAUCGAGACACUUCCUAAACUACAGCUUUAAUAUUUUUCUACAGUAUUACCUAAUGAUGUGAUUAUUGAUAGCACCAGAAACAAAUUUUCCACCGAUUAAACUGGGACAUCUGUUAAACGUUUUGCGCCUUAGGCAAACGAGUGCAUUGUAUCUGUACCAACAGAUAGAUUUGACUCAAAUAAACAGAUUAUGACAGUUCACUUUAGGUUGUUGUUUUAAUUUUUUCUGCCUUUUUUUAAAAAUUAAAUUUCUACUUACUGUAUGUAACCAAAGGCUAGUUCUGGCAUGUCAUAUUUGUAUCAGUUUGAAGUUCAAAGCACACAAUACUUGAUUAUAUUGUUUACUCAUGAUCGCAAAAAAUUCUCUCUUCUAUUGAGCGCUUAUACAUUUAUGUCAUGGAAUUAAAAAAAACAUUAGUCAGCUUGUUAUAUUUUGAUGAAAAACAAUGAAACCAUUAUCUAAAAAAUCAUUCUAUGAUGAAAGCCUUGGGGUAGCUAACAAAUUUUUCUCCUCAGUAAUUGGUAUUUAAUGUACAGGGGCAGAUCCAGGGGGAGGGUGCAGGGGGUGCGCACCCCCCCUGGGAUGACCUGCGGCCGCUUUCUAAUUAACACUGUGCAGUCGCUUGACAGACAUACAAAAUCUGCUCUAUCGUUUGAUAUGUAUUCUCAGCAGUUCACACUAUGUUAUUUCCUAGUCAAAAGCCCUCUUCUUCAUAUUCGCUUUUAAAAUUUUUUACGUCAUCGGUCAGUUAGUGGUGCACCCCCUCCUAAGAAAAAUCCUGGAUCCGCCCCUGAUGUGUUCACAUGUUUAUGGAAAAGAACUCAAUAUUACAAAACCUUUGUACAGUCUUUAGCAAACACAUUUUCCCACUCCCUUGGCCCUUUGUUAUAUUGAGUUUUCAUAACUAUUUAAUGUUAUUUUAAUUAUAUUAUAUUAUUACAUUGAUAAUGGUUUCUUGUUUAUGCUACAUAGCUCCAAGCAAAGAUAAGUUAUCAUCCUCCAGUGGGAGCUCUGUAAAGGAAUCUUUAACUACCAAAAAAUCCUCAUCAUUGUUAUCUGCAACUUCAACUUCAAAGUCCACCAGAAAAGCAUCAUCUGAUGAGAAUAAUGCAAAGGGAAAUGACAGUGAAGGUAAUUCAUUCUGGUCUUCAUUUCUUGGGGACUCAGCUCCCGUGAAAAGUGAGUCUAAAACUUCAAGUCGAAGGUCUGCUGCAGGAAGAAAACUUGGCUCUAGGGUGAGCAGGGCAACAAGAAGAAGUGUUGAUGGAAAUGAGACUGCAACACCUAGUGAUAACUCUUCAAAUGAGAAAGAAAAUCUCUCAUCUUCAAGAACAUUUAAACAAGAUGGAAAGAGUGAGGAUAGCGUAAUCAACACAUUCAAAUCUAAUACACAUUUAUCAGCAUCAAAAUCUAAUAAAAAGGCAGAUGAAACAGAAAGUGUUUCUAAUGCAUUGCAUGAAAAAAGUGAAAAGAAAACUAAGGUACCUGUAGUUGAGGAUGGCAGAGAAGAAAAUGUUAAGCAUCAUGUACAGGAAUCUACUGUCAAGACUGUUGAAAGUGGUAAUGCAAUAGAGUCAAAGGAUUUAAUUGUCUCUGAUGAAAAGAGCUUUGACAGUAAUAGUGAUAAGCUAGUUAAAGAUUCACUGGGGGAUGACAACACGGUUUUGUUGAACAACUCUGCUAACACAAGCAGCAGAGGACUUAAGGAGAGAAAUCUUAAAACUGCUUGUGAAGAACCAGUAUUUUCAGGAGGGAGACAAAGUGAAGGUCAAAACUUAGUCACAAAGAGUACUGUAGAUACAGCAGAAAAACUUUUAAGUGAGGAAUUACAUAGGACUGAAAUGAAAGCGAAAGGAGUGGAACACUCAGUCGUUACUAUAAAAUCACAAGAUGCUGAGGAGGUUGAAUCACCCAGUAUGAUAAACAGCAUGAAUUCAGGAAGUACAGUAGAUCAUGAUGACACUUGUACAGAUUCAACAGACAAUAUUGUUGGUGCAGAUACAGCCAUACAGGAAGUUCCAAGUGAAAUAGCAGAGAAAGAGAAAUUUGUGGAGGUUGAACCCCUUGCCAGUUCUACACCAAAUCACUUUUUAAAGGGAUUAUCUGUGAUGUCUGGCAAAGAAGUGAACCCUACUGAUGAAGAGCUACCUUUAAAAUUUGGUGAAUACAGUGAGAAUUUGUCAGUAAUCAAGGAGAAUGACUCCGAACUUCCAUUAAGUGGAUUACAAGAAAAUGAACUAGUUUCAGAAGAUGUAAAAAAUGAGCAAUCUGACGAUAGGUUUCAAAGUGAAGAAGUACCUUGUGAGGGAAUGAAAAAUACUGCUGAAGACAGAUUGCUUUUGCAACAAUCCAGUGGUGAGUAAUUGGCAUGAUACCUACUGAAAUAGUUUGAAGAAGUGGUGACAUAAAAAACUUAAUAUUUAUGAAAUAAUAUGGGAUUGGGUUGAAUAAUCAGAAAGAACAAAAUGAAAAAAUACCCAGUCGCCAAAUUUAAUCAAUUUGCUAGUAAAAAUUGGUGGUGAGAGAUUAGCACUGUAACUGUUAGAAUCUGAUGACUAUGAUAGUAUAAGUUAGAUUAGUAAAUUUAGUGUCAAAUACACAGGAAGUGGUUACCCUGCCUCUCAAUGCAGAGGCUCAUGUUUUAAAUGUUUAUACAAAUCCUUUUUUUAAAUUGGCUUGGAUCGUAUCUUUAUCCAGGUCAGAUUUAGAAGAAUUGUGAUGGAGUUAUCAGUCCAUGACAAUGUGUAUACAGUAGCUGUAUCUCACUGGCAAUUUUCCCUAACUUUCUUAUUUUUGGCAAGUGGACAUCUUGCGUCUUUUUUUUGAAUAUCCUAACCAAUCCCAUAAUAUUAGUAAGAGCUUCAAAUUUUUGUGGCAUCACCUCUCUUUUAAUAUAAGUCAUGAUCUGGGUUAAGUAUUAAGUAUUGUUUUUGUUAUGUGGCAAUACAUGUACUUGAAUCCUCAUCCAAUGUCAUUAGACAUCAUGAUACAUACAUAGUACAUGCAUGUAUACAUACAUAAAUACACUGUUUAGCCAUUAUCAUAAUGACACCUGAAGGAGGUUAUCCUCCCUAUAUUAAGAUUAUUUCCUCCUUACAGAUAACCCACCCAGCCAAGGAAAGGUUGGUCACACCACCGGGGUCUACGUCCCCUACUCUUUUCAAACAGCAGUUUGGGUUGUUUUACGUCCCACAAAAACUAGAUAAGUGAAUCCAAAGUGCUGUGAGAUGGACCUGUACAAUUUUUUGUCUUCAUGUGAGAAGACUAGAAAGUGUAGCCAUUUACAGAUUGCAAAGGCAGCACUUUCUUCUCAGUUAUUUAAAGACCCUGAUUGCUGGUCUGGCUGGGGUUUGAACCAGUGACCUCCCAACUGAGCUAACCAGGCGGCGGUAAAUUCCACACAGAAAACGCAUAAAAAGAACUGCCUCAAAAAGGCAGUUUACGAAAUAAAAUGUAUUUAAAUUGUAUUUUUGAAAAGAGGUUUCUUUGUGUUAAAAGAUUUUGACCAAUCAUUAAGAUUGCAGGAAAAUGCCAAAGUAAUUUUACCAAUUCACAUGUUCUUCACAUAAGAUUUCUGUACUAUUUAGCCUCAGAUAAGAUUUUGUUAUGAAAAAUUUAGGAUUAAUAAGUAUACAAAGUUAUAUAUGUAAAGUUUUCCUAAAUUUUGCUGUUUAAACCGACAGAAGUAUACAGACAAAAGUAAAAUUAGCAACUUUUUGCAUCCUGACCUGCAUGUUCAUCACCGUUAUUGCUUUCCUUCUCAUCUGAACCAUUACCUACAAGUAAUCGUUUUGUAAAACUGCUACAUUAAAGGACAGUAUAAUCUUCUUGCAGCAAUUCUGUUUAAAAACAGACAAAUGACUGUUGUAAUUUUAAAAUUCACCAAAGUGGUUAAUUGUUAUUUGUUUGCUGUCUCAUUUCCUCAGAGAAUGUUGUAAUCAAAGAAAACAAAGAAGAAACUAAGAACAAGGCCGUAAAAAUUGAUCAUGAAAACUCUACAGAGAGCUCAGAAGACUUGAAGCAGAAGAUAGAGCAUUUGCAAAAUGCAAGUAAACACAUAACUUAAUUUGACCUGGACUGUUGCAAUAAUUAUUAUUUGAUUAACCAACAUACUUGAUGUACAAUUGCUUAAAAAUUGUAUUUUUAAAAUACAUGGUCUGUUAUUAUAGCAAAUAACACAUCAUAAUCAGAAACUGAUUUUUUAAAUUAAUUUUUGCAGGAACUUGAUAACCUGACACAUGUUGUUGAAGUACGUGAGAGUAAACUUGUUCAGCUAAGUAAAGAGAAUGUUGAUCUACAGGAAACAGCAACUAUCCUUAGAAGGUUUGUACCAACCAUUACAGUCAGUUAUUUGGACACAUUGGACUUAAGAGGUAACUAUUUAAUCACUGCUGUAGGCUGUUCUUCUGAAGUGAAGGUCAUGCUCUGUGGGAAAUUAUUUAUGCUGACUGGCUUAUUUGAGGGUGUUGAUGUACUUCUUUGCGCAAUGUUAAUGACGUCCUCACUCUAGAGUACUUUUACAUUGUAGUAACAUUUUAGCAUCAACUGAGAAUAAUAUAAUUAUUGUUGAUUUUAUUAUUUUUUUUGGAAGGUUAUUUUGAUUAUUGUUUACAUCACUUAUCAAAAAAUUAUAAUAUUAUGCUGUUAAAUUUGUUUUAACUUUUAAUACAUGUAGAACAUCCAAAAACUAGUGUUUGUGUAGCAAGAAAGAAAUAAAACACCACAAUACAGGGCUUCUGAUAAUUUAUUUUGCACGGUCGCAGAGCCAUGAAAUUCAGGUAAAUCCGUAAAAUUCCCAAAACACUCAAAAUACCACAAAAUUCGGUAGAAAUCUUAUCAAAUACAUGUCUGUAGAACAUAAUUAUUUGAAACUUAUCUCAGCUAUUGGGGCUGUUUACUUGCUGUAAAAUUUAAUGUGCAAAUUUAUUACUGAAAUGAGCAAACAAUGUCCAAAAACUACCAGGUGAAGAUUAUGUUGCAAACAACUGAGUACUAGCCAUGAUGUUGAAAGCUUUGCCUCUGGUUCAUUUCUGGAGUAUAUAUUGUUGUUGAAAGAACGAACGAUUGAUCUCUGUUAAGGAAACAUUAAAAACACUGGUCUUAUCAGCGCAAAAAUCAUCGAUUUCUAGCCAAACUGCCCUGAAAAUUCCCACAAAAUCGGCCAUUUUUUUAUUGUUUGUUGACAAAGUUUAGAAGCCCUGUGAGUACCGUUACAACUUAAGUAUUGGCUUGAUUUUGGCCACUCUCUCAAGUCUGCCCUGGGAAGAGAUCGGGAGAAGCACAGGCUCAUUUGCUACAGUGUAAAUAGUGGCUGGAAAUCAAGCCUUAUCCUGUAAGUACAGUGUAGGAAUCAGGGGAAAUAAUGCCCGUCCCUGAUUUCCAAACUCAUUCAGGACUCAGUUUUUUUCUUUGGACUACAAUCAUGACAUGAAUUAUUGUAUAUAAUAUAUCCAUCCUUCAGAAGGUACUGACUUGCCUUAAAUUUUAUAGUCAACUUAAACAAGCUGAGGAUGCAUUAAAGACAGAAGAUGAGGAAAUUGAAGAAGUCAGGAAAGAAUUUACUGUUCGAGUAGCAGCGACAGAAAAGAAGUUUCAUGCUGCAGCUAAGGUUUGUAUAGUAUUUUCAUGACAAUAAUUAUACAUGUAUUGCAGGUCAAAGAGAAAUUUUUGUGUCCUAUUUUUUUUAUGUAUUAUUAAGUAAACAGUUAAAAGGUGGUACUAGAGGCAAAUGCGAACAUCCAAGAAUUGUGUGAUUUUCUACCAGCUUAAGGCUGUCCAGUGCACAACACAGUGUUUGUAAAUAGUCUUGACUUGUGAGCUGCAACAACAGUGAUUAUGUUGCAACAGCAAUGAUUUUGUGUGUGUCUUCUUCUUAUUUGUGGUUCAUUUGAAUGUUUCGUUUUGGAACAAGCUGCUAAAUCAGGUUGCAAAGAAAAAGCCAGUUUUACAGCCUGCCAUUCGGGCAAGCUGUAGCUAGUAUGUACUAGCCCACAAGUCAUUUCAACUAGCCCCAAAACCCUUUUGAUUAGCAAGAUUGAUUACAAUCCUUCUGUAAUUUGAAUUUCCCAAAAAACAGCACUUGCCCAUCGGUAAAGUUAAGAACAAAAACCACUAGCCCGAUAGCAAAAUCCACUAGCCCUGGGCUAUCGGACACGACUUUCUUUGCAUGCUGUAAAUUGUCAUUGUUUGAUGCAUCUCAAAGAUCUCAGCUAAGUAUAGUUUAGCUACUCUGAAAUUCAAGUCAAAAUAUUAAUAAAGGUUAUGUAUACUUGUAUGUCCAUCUUAGGAGAGAGAUCAGUUAAAGGCACUUUUGGAACAAACAGAAAAAUCUCUGAGUUCAAGGUUAGUAGAGAUGAUUCAAGAAUAAUAAUUGCCGGUGCUAAUUAUAACAUACUAGCGUAUACAUAGCCAAAAGUAGUGUACAGCUGUAGAAAGGAUGAUCAGUUAAAUUAAGUCAAAAAUACUCAGAAUGGCAAUCUGAACAGAAGGAAAACCAGUUAGGAUUUAUGUAAUGACGACUUUCUCAUUAAUUUUGCAUAAUUACCAGCACACCCUGAUCAUAGAAAUAGUUAAUUAUAUCAAGCUACAGUGGAACCUCAAUUGAAUUAAGUGCCAAGGGACUAGGGAAAUUUUUUCAUUAUAUCGAGGGUUCGUUAUAUCAAAACUUUGAUUUAACGAACUUUUGGGAAAACAAGCAAAAUUAUCUUUAUAUUGAGGUAUAUUAGUUAAUGAUUAAUUUCCAAUGCCCAGCAUUUCCGGGUCUGAACAAUUUCUAUAAUAACAUUAUUUUGUAUACAAAACUGUUAUCUCAGUUCAGAGCUUUACAUAGCUACAGCACCAGAAACACAAGAACAGGCAAACAAAACUGUUUAAAACUACAGUACACCAAACGGAAACGCUUGCUACGCAGGCUAACAUAGCCUUUAUCCUCGCUGUUCUGUUUCGCAUUCAUCUUUAGCUAUCUUUCGGUCACAUGUUGACAUUUAUUCGUUAUAUCGAGGUAUACAUGUAUUUUAUGUUUGCAUUUCUGCAUUGUGUUUGCUAUAACGAGGAUUUCGUGAAAUCGAGGUUCUAUUCCAUACGUUUUAUUUUAAUUUUGGCCGGGCUGAAGAAAAUCGCUCGUUAUACCGAGGACUUCGUCAUUAGGAGAUUAGAUAAAUCGAGUUUCCUCUGUAAUAUACAAAGAUGACCAGAUAUCUCUGAUAAUCUCCAUUACAAGCCCUCUCUCUUUUUUUAAGGCUCCGUCCUCAUUAACCACUCUCUGAUUUUAAACAUUCAUAAAUUAUUAAGCCUCUACUCUGAAAUGAAUCCUCCCCAAACCCUACUCAAUGGCAAUGAUUUGAACUGUCUUCUUCUAAAUACAGGUGUAAUAACUAAUUAAAAAUAACUUAACUCUUUGGAAAGAAAAACACUGUAUUCAGUGAUUACCCAUACUCAUUGCAUGAACCUAAAAGAUUCAGUGUAUUAGAUAAUUAUGUGACUGUUGAAAUUGUAAAAACACGGAAUGUGUGCCCUAUUAUGAUACUGCUUAGCUAAGGAAUUGAAGCUACAAUGUUAAUGUUAGUGAACUGCCAAGGGUGUUCGUGUACUCCAGUUAUAGAAUACAGUACGUCCUGCCUCUCUAAUAAGCUCCGCUCAACAAUAAGCCGUGACAAUACAAAGGACGGCUGUGAAGCAGAUUAUAAUAAGCCCCUUCAAGAAAAGGCUUUAAAGACCCCUGGAUGGUGUAUUCAUUGUCCACUCCGUUACACAGGGAAGCUAAUGUAUUGAUCCGUACAGGCACACGAAGUCCUAAAUAGAUGUACAUGUACUUCGGCCUUUUUGUCAUUGCUGGUUCAUUUUUAUCCACGUUUUAUAUUUUGCUCAUUGUAAUAAAUAUUUGUAUGUUAUUUUUUUCAUUUCUUGUGUUUGCCAAUUCAUGGGUGUAUAUGUGUAAGACUCUUUCUAAAGCAACGUGAACUGAGUGUUGAAUUGUCUUCCAUAGAAAUGAUCGGCAAGCUGAAGAGUUCACAACUCUCCUCAAGGAAAAGGAUGAUCAAAUUGCUCAAUUAUUAGAGGAAGGUAAUGAUUAAUUUUAAAAUAGUUGUAUUAUAAAGACUGCCAAAAAUGCAUGUUUACCCUUGUCUAACAAUCGCAUAAAACUGGUUUUGCAAAUUUAUUUUUCAAAUUUACAGCUAGUGCAGCUAAAAGAUACCCUUCAGUUUCAAAAUUUUAGUUUAUUUCAGUUAAAAAUAAAACAUUAACUCAAGCUGUCCCACAGCCAAGCAGCUAUCAAACUUUUCUUGCGCCAGGUAGUUGAUGAACCCAAUAAUUCUCAGUACUUAAACUGAAUGACAUGCCCUCACAUUGACUGAUCAUUUUAUCCAGGUGAAAAGUUGUCUAAACAAGAGCUUCAAAUCAAUAACACAAUAAAGAAACUCAGAGCCAAGGAAAAGGAGAAUGAGGUGCUGAUUAAGAAGAACAGGUACGAAAUUUAAAAAGUCUUCUUCCUCUUGCCCUCAGCUGUCUUUGAAAUGAAAUGUUUUGCAGUGCAUUAAUCCCUAUCGACUGAUAGAGAUUAAGAUAACUGCUCCUUCUCUCGUUUUCACUAACCAUUUUCUCUGUUUUUUCCCCUUUACUAACGUUAAGAUGUAAAUAACAAAUUUCAUUUUCAAUCAAUAAUGGGUGGUGCGGGUAUACCACCGUCGGUUGCGAGGACACGAGACAAAAAAAAAGAUAUUCUAAUUAGGGUGUCAGACAUGCCGUGUUUUGCCGCCAAACAUUUGAAGUUUGACAGCCGUUGAAGCAAACUGUCGCACCAAAGGUAAGUUGUUUAUAUGUUUUUGAUCAGCUUGUUAAGCUCAUAUUUCAUUUUUCCCAACUUUCAGACAUAUUUCUCGCUCAGAAACAGCGCACUUGCCUCCAGAAUAUUUUGUUGAGCGAAAACAAAUCAAGUCUACAACAACCGCCUACUCCGAAUGUUUGGCGGCAAAACAUGUCAUGUUUUCACCCGAUUAGAACAUGUUUUUUUUUUCACGUGUACACGCUUAGAUUUAACCGACGGUAUCAUCAUUGCCAUUGUCAUCAUCAUCGUCAUCGUCAUCAUCAUCACUGUCAUAAUCAUUAUCAUAAUAUACUGUAGCGUCAUCACUAGUAGUCCCCUUCGCAGCCGCUCGUGCCUGAGUCAGGCAAUACCUCCUUCCCCACCUCCUCCCCCCACGUGGGGGCGGCAAGGGGAGCUUGCGUGACUCCGGGCCGAGUGGCUGCGAAGGAGACUACACAUCACUAGUUCUGGUUAAUAUAGAAUCGGUAGUCAGCAUGUACCCUGUUACAUGUAAGCUGACCUCUCUUGUCAUUCCAACGUGCAUUGCCAAUAAAAGGUUAUUGGGCUUGAAAAACCAUUUGAACAUACUGUUUUUACAGCAAAGAUUUGGAAGACAUGACAGCUGAAAACACCAGGCUCACAGAAAUCCUAAAAGUGAAGGAUGAAACUGAAAGGAAGCAAGCAGGUACUUGGUCAUUGGACUAGUUCUGUACUAUAAAAAAAUGGUGUUACAUGUAGGAAAAAAUCGUCUUGAGCGAAAGUAAAAAGGUAUCCUAAUUAGUAGUUGGGAAUGAUAGGAAUUUUCGUUAUAAUAGUUUUUCUAUGCUUCCGCAGAAGAUUCUUGAACAUAAAGACGGACAAAAGAAUUGAGACACCCGAAUAGAAUGGCACCUUUUUUGCAUAGUAGACACCAUAUCUAUCCCUUCCCCCGUGUAGUACCCCCCCCCCCCCCCCCCCCAGGUAGUCCCCCCCCCCCCCCCCUUCAUUGAAGUUUUCAACUAUAAACAACAUUGAUUGGAGGGUGGGCGAUUGACGGCCUUUAACAGAAUUGUAUGAUAAAUGAAUGAAAUUGUUGAUAAAAGCGCUACUUUAGUCAUUGAUUAUACAAUUUUAGGCCUAGGCCAAACGUCGAACUUUUCAUGAGACGAACCGAACUUAGUGGGUUAAUUUCAUGAAAAAGUUCGACGUCUGGCUCAGUUAAGUUUGUCUGAAUAAGUUUGGAUCGUUCAACACGUUCUGUCCGUCUGCUUCAGGCGGAUAGAACAUCUAAAGAUCGUCUCCGGGACAAACGUCGAUCUUCACAUGCGACGAACUAAAAUAAUAAAUUAAAAUAUUGUAUGAUAAUGUACAUUUAGCCUCGUUAAAGGCCCUCUCUCCAUUAAUCCCUCCCCCGUUUUAAGCAUCCAUAAAUUAUUAAGCCUCUACUCUGAAAUGAAUCCUCCACAAACCCUACUCAAUGGCCAUGAUUUGAACUGUCUACUACUAAAUAAUAACUAAAAUAACUUAACUUUUUGGAAAGAAAAAAAAAAAACGCUGUAUUCAGUGAAGCCCCAACUCAUUGCAUGAACCCAAAAGUUCAUCAGUGACGUGUUUUAGAUAUAUGUGAUUGUGAAAGGUUUGAACCCAGGAGUCAUUUCAAAAGUAGGUUGAGUUUGAUCGUCCGGGUGAACGUAGUCAUAAAUGUGACUGUUGAAAAUGAGUUUGUAAAAACAUGGAAUGUUUGCCCUAUAAUGAUACUGCUUAGCUAAGGAAUUGAAGCUACAAUGUUAAUGUUAGUGAACUGCCAAGGGUGUUCGUGUACUCCAGUUAUAGAAUACAGUAUGUCCUGCCUCUCUAAUAAGCUCCCCUCAGCAAUGAGCCGUGACAACACAAAGAACGGCUGUGAAGCAGACUAUAAUAAGCCCCCUCAAAAAAGACUUAAAAGACCCCUCGGAGAAAAUUUAUUAAAAUUGCUUUUUGAUCUGAUUCAGUUGAUUGGUUCGACGCAUCCUAAGUUCGACGUGUGACCCAACAGACGAUCUCACUUUAAUUUAGGGUCGACCCAAAUUAGAGUUAGGUUCGUCUCAUGAAAAGUUCGACGUUUGGCGUAGGCAUUAAGAAUGUCAUGAUUUAUGUUUAAAAUGCCAACACAGGUGUAAUUUCUAGCCUGAAAAUGCAUAUGUUUGAGUUCAAAUGUAUGCUUUCCAUUAUUUUAUACUCAGUAUCUUUCAAUACCAUACCCGCCCAAGAUUAAUUAUAGGAAGAUGCAUUUAAAUCAAGAACAAUUUUGAUGCUUACCACAUACGAAUGUCCUGGCAACCGGAGAUACGUCUGCGUAUCCUACAAGUACGCCAAAGUGUUCUCUUUAAUUUGUCACCAUGGGAAAAUAAGUUACAUUUCGCAUAGGAAUGAAAACUAAAUUUUGAAAUUAUGUAGGGUUCUGUUUUGAUGUUUCUUUCUUAAAUAAAUUAUUGUAAAUGGUCUCUUUGUUUAAUAAGCAUGCCCCGUAUCUUUCACAAUCGUCCUUGCAAGUGAAUCACUGUUACAAAGUAGCCUAUGAAAUAGACUGAUCGUGAAUCAAAAUUGCGUUGAAAAUUCACCAGUUUUAUUUUAAUUUUGUUCUUCAGAUGCUAUAGCAAAACUGAAUGCUUAUGUUGAAAAGCAAGAUGAACAAGUUAGUAAGUUAAAGGUGAGUACAAAAGGUCACAUUAUUUUUUUAAAAAAUCUUCACAUUUGCUUUUUAACCGGUCCGUCUUGAACGUACGCAGUGAUGAAGUUUCGCUGGGAUUUUUUCAUCAUUAUCUUUCCUAUUUCUGUUUAGUAUAUACUAAAACUACAGUGGAUAGUGUUUUUCGAGCGUUCUGAUUGGCUACUCAAUUAGUGAAUAUCCUGCACUAUUUACUGAUUCACCUCCAGUUACUCCGAGCGAGCGACGCCAAACUCACGUAAGUUGCGAGCAAAAUGCCUUCCCGGUUUGCUGCCGUAUUAUAGGUUAGGUCUUUUGGCCUUGACCCCCACCCCACCCUACUUGGUAAAGUUUAAAUUCUGGUCGUGUGACAGGAUUUCGUAUGUCUUCUUUCUCUCGUCCUUCCCCCGUCGUUUUCUCGUUUUGCCUCUAUUUUGCAUUCGCUUGGCUUUUUACCACAAAAGAAAAACAGACCAAAAAAAACCGCGUGUUGCGCAGGCUACACUAGCGUUUGGCCGUUUUAACUGAAGAAGCAGUUUACAACGGAUCGUUCUUUUGAAAUCUUUAAAUCUUUUUCUUCAUCCGUUUUCUAUGUGCAUUAAACGUGUAGAGAAAGGUUAACCUAUCCGUUAAAAAAAUAGCUGGAGGUGGAUAUAUGCCUCGCUGCUUCGCAGCUCGGUAUAUGCCACCACUAGCCACCUCCACUUCGGUGAAUAAUUGUUAUUUGUUCUCUUUGGCUCAGAAAGAGUGUCGUUGGCCACAAGUUCAGUGAAACGAAUUGUAUUUGUGUAAAGAUACUGAGCAAUAUUGUCUCGACCAUUUUCAAGUUGAUCUUGACCUUUGGAAACUUGAUUAAUUUUAUUGGCAUUAAACAGUAACGUUUUUUAGGAUGACAAAUUAAUGAUUACUUUAUCGAUCUAUGAUUCAAAAUGUUUCCUUUCUGGGUUUUUUUAGUCUGAGCUAGAUGAUUCAGCUGAGAAGAUAAGAAGCAUGCAAACUGCACUGGACAAUGCUUACAAGUGAGUGGUGAUAUAUAAUUGGCACUUUUGGAAGCUAAGUGGAGGGCUUACAGUUUUCUUAUAGGCACUGUGGUGAUAGCCUACGAAAACAUCCGUUACUCCUCGCUCUUCGCCGCAGGGGACGUUUUGCGAGGAGGAACGUCUGCGACUCAGCGACAGAAAUUCCAUACUGAUGACGUAAAUCAAUGUUUACAUAAUAAAUCCGGUAGUCAUGGGGUUCCAAAUAUAAAUUUGACAAAUUUUACGUGUCUUCUGGUCGAUUUUGGUAAAGUGUUGUGUUCAUCUGCCAAAGAGUUCCAGCAAAGUCAAAUGCUUCUUCUAGAGAAGACUAUAUUCCACAAAUAUUGACUGUUUUGUUAGAGAUUCUUCGCGUUUACAUUUAACCUUUGUGGCCUUUUCUCUUUUGUCUGUCAUUCGUAAACAAUAGCUAAAACAAUGUAACUACUCCGUCGACCAAUCAACGAGACUGACCAGAUUCCGGACAGAUUUUACGUCAUCAGUAUGGAUUUUCUGUUGCUGAGUCGCAGACGUUCCUCCGCGCGAAACAUCCCCAGCGGCGAAGAGCGAGGAGAAACGGAUGUUUUCGCAGGCUACUGUGGUGAUAGCCAAAAGCGGUAGUACCCACUCGAAAAUGUAAAGACUAUGAUUAAAAAUCACGAAUAUCUGUUCAAAGCAACUCUCUCCAUAAAAGUACCCCACCCUACUUGGUAAUGUUUAAAUUCUGGUCGUGUGACGGGAUUUCGUAUGCCUUCUUUCUCUAGUCCCUUCCCAGCCGUUUUCUCGUUUUGCUUCUAUUUUUCAUUCGCUUGGCUUUUUACCACAAAAGAAAAACAGACCAAAAAAAACCGCGUGUUGCGCAGGCUACACUAGCGUUUGGCCGUUUUAACUGAAGAAGACGUUUACAACGCGAUCGUUCUUUUGAAAUCUUUAAAUCUCUUUUCAUCAUCCGUUUUCUAUGUGCAUUAAACGUGUAGAGAAAGGUUAACCUAUCCGUUAAAAAAAUAGCAUGCUUUUGACGUUUGGAUAAAACGUGUAGAUGGUUAGCCUGCGAUGCAGCCGGCCCACGCACUCUUCUAAACUAUACUGAAGGUUUAGAGCGUCUGCGACACAGGCAAGUAGAUGGUUAGAUUCUUCGUUUAACUUCCAUCUGUUGAACAGUUUUUACCCAGAGCAAGCUUAAAAAGAAGUUUCUUGAGUUUCGAGACCAGAGUUUCUGGUCGAUAAAUGUGUUAAGCUUGUCGCUUGACCGAACUGGAGAAACAAAUUCAACAAACGGAUCGCACUAUGUCUUUCAGUGCAUUUGUCCCACUCACGGCGGUGGUAAAAUAAACUUUAAAUAAAGAGUCAGUCGCCCGACUGGCAAAAUUGACUGCUCAGUCAUUCUUGUAAUGUAUCUUCCGUACGUAAAAGUUUUUUUGGUCGUCCGCCUCGAAGUUGUUAUCCUUUCUAAUCCCUCCCAGGGUUCUAUCUACGAUUUAUCGUGUGGGGGAGAAGUCCUGAGUGGGCGUAGGCGACGGGCUUCCUAGGGGUGGUCCGGGGGCAUGUCCCUCGGAAAUUUUUUGAAAUGAAUAUGCGCUGAGAUGCAAUCUGGUGCAUUUUGAGACACAAUUUUGAGAAAUGUUUCGGUCUGUGCACUGACUUCGUCGCAUCUGGAUGAUUUUUCCGAUAUAUUUAAUUACAUACUGAAAUGAUAUCAAUUUUUUUCUGGGAGAGGGGAGCUUCUACCCCUCAAAUACCCUAGAUAGAACCCUGCCUCCCUCUUCCAAUGCCGUUUUCAAAAUACAAACUUUACUGGUACAUUGCCAUGGAAAUAUCGUUGUCAAUUUUAUUGUAACGCUGUGAAUUUAUUUUAGACAACUCGCAGACCUACAUAAGGAAAAUGCAUCCAAAGAUAGCGCCGUUCAGGUAUGUGACUUUUAGAGCAACGAAAAACAACGCGAUUGAAAAUUCGCAAAUGUCGGGUUACCAUUUGAAGGCCUACUUGUCCAUACACGUAAAAGUUUAAUAACAAUGUUACGACUGCAAGUUUUUAAAUCAAGAAACCCCGUCCACUAUAAUACCUUCUUGGUUGAAAAUGAACGAUCUUUUCUUUGUUUUGUAGUAUGUAGACUACGAAGUUUUGUUGUGUUUAUUAGGAAGCAGCUCUAAGCGCUGAGAUAAACGCUAAGGAAGGCUUAAGAAUUGCUAUGGAAAAGAAAGAACGGCAGUUUAAGAAAGAAAUUGAAACUCUAGAAUUCCAGGUAAGAUUUGAAAUUAAGUGGAGCAUCAUCUUUUUUCUUUUAUAGCACGUGUAGCACCCGCUCCCGUUUCCUUUUAGCCGGUCUAGCGAAGCGCGAUUCUCUCCAUGCCCUCGCGUGUCUCCCGCUCGUCGCCCUCGCGUCACUCGCAUUUCUAACAGGAAAGCCAAACGGCGGCUGUUACGCAGAUUACUGAAGAUGUAUAUAGUACCGAACAGCUAAAAACUCCUUUCGUCGCUAUUUUUGUUGAAAAAUUCUGAUUAUAAAGUCAAAAUUUACAAGCAUUUUAGUGUCUAUUAGUUUCUCGGCACAGUCGUCUUUGGCGAAUGACCGUUAGAAAUUUCCUUUUAUUUGGUCAGCUAUACCCCUUCAAAUAAAUAACAUGCCGCAGCUCUCCUUGAGGAGGAACUGCCUUUAUGUCCACAGUAAUAAGUCAGGGCACAUCAUUCAGAUAUCAUCUAAUAUGCGUAAAUUUCCACAAUUUGCGCAUUUCUGUUCUUUUAGUUUCUUCACACAAAAGCCGUAAAAUAUCUUUCAUGGAAAGGUUUUGAAAAUGACUCUAAUAAGCGCCACAUUGUCAAGUAAAUACGGUACUGUAGGAGUUUAAUGAUUGAUUUUGUUGUUGUUUUUUCAAUAGAUAAGUGAUCUUCAGACCAGUCUGCGACGCGGCGAGCAGCAGACCAACAGAAGAGAGGACAAUCUUCGACAGGAAAUAAGUGACAUGCAGCAGGUAUGUCAUGUCAGGUGCCAUGUAACCUCGGUAUAAAUUGCUAUAAAGUGUUUACGAGUUUCAAAAAGGAAUGAAACGUGUAUAAUCCUUCUGUGCUAUUUGUCGCGACUCGCCUCAGUCCUCUGGGUCGAAGCUUCCAACACGACAGCGGGAGAAAUGUCGGAUGGGUUGCUCCUUCACCUUGUUCCCCUGAAACCUGAUUCUUCCUGAAUACAACUCCCGGAAAAGAUCACAGGACUAAAUUAAAGUUAUACAUGAUGAAAAUAGUGGGCCUGUGUACAGACCCCACCCCCACCCCCUUCUCCGAUUUUUCCUGAAAGGAAAGAAGGAGGCGUGGUCUGUGCACAGGCUACAAAAUAGUAAAAUAAACAUAGUAAAGUCUCACCAUCGCUGGUUCUUUAUUGUUAAACCUCUCAGUAACUGUUAGUUGUUUUGUUUGAACAGAGAUUACAGGAAGCAGAAUCUCGUAAUCAAGAACUCACUGAAAGUGUUACCCAUGGUAUGUAGGCUAAUUAAACCGCUGUUGACGCCUGUUGGCUCGAUAUUAGAGACCUUUAGACCCGUUAAGACGAGGAGGACGAGAUUUGACGCAACGUUUUUCGCGUGCUCUUCAAAAAUUGACAUCCCGGAAAGCUUCAUUUUAUUUUAUUUUUUUUUCACAAAAACAGUUUACACGGUCUCUUUUAUUUUAGGAGGGGGGGGGGGGGUUAAGCCCUCCCCUGAUCGCAAAAUGAUAAAAACUACGAACGUUUAAUAACUUGUGUCCGUUAUUACAAUAUUUUGGAUAAAACCUGUAGUAUAAUGACGACGGCGAUCACUUUUUCCGCCAAAAUGGCGCUGACGCGUGCGUAAUACUCAGUAUUGAGAAAAUCACAUUUAUUAUGCAACUGAAGGACUAGAGGGUAUUUCAUUCAAAUUCUGUGCUUGUAGAUAGCUGGAAAAUAAAAAUCCCCGAAUUCAGACGGGACCGUCAUCUCUACGUGCUCUACGUGAUCACGCAAAAGUCUUUCCGUCUGCAGGUCAAAGGCUCAACAUUGUGGGAUUUUCCGAAAGGCUCGUUGAAGAUUUAAUGUUGUAUCGAACUGAAGAAGGGGAACUGAAAGGAGGGCUAUCUCUUUUUAACAUUUUUUUUCGUCUUACGCAGCUACCAGACCACUGUUGCGACAGAUUGAAAACCUACAAAACAGCUAUGGUAACCACACACAGACCUGGGAAAGAGUGGAAAGGAAUUUGACGGACAGGCUUAGUAAGUGGAAACCUAACUGUAUUCAGAAUAUGUUGAAAGGCUACAUUCUAUAUGCUUUUUUUCUUCUAUUUUACAAUAUCCACAGUUUUGCAAACAGACCACACUCCUGGUAAGUAUUUCUUAUUUGGCCAAAGCUUUAACUGUAAGUCAAGGAGGGGAUCUGGCUUGCUGAGUUGUGGAAAUGACAGAGAGCAGAAAAAUAUCGACCUUUUAGUCCUUCAUAGUCCAGAAUAAUAGUAGCCCCUAUAAAUCAAGACGAUUCGACGGGUAGUUUUGAUUACAUUGCACACUGAAUACUGAUCAUUAUCAGCUAUCUGAGUUAAUCGUAUUGCUUUAAGUUAUCUUUCUCUUUCUUUUAUAGACGACGCUCAUUUUAAGGUAUGCAAUUGUAGCAUACGCCCAAUAAUGAACAUUCGAAUGGUAGUCGAGGUUCAUUAUCGAGUAUUCGAGUGAAUGUCGCUAUUGAUAAUGGACCUCCUUUUGUAAGACAAGGCAUAUUACUAGAGCGUGAUUUAGUCCCAUAACCAAUAAUGCUCCUUCUAUUGUUAGAUGAAGCUCAGAUUCAACUAGCAGAGGCCCAAGAGAAGGAGCGAGUGGCAACAGAGCAUGCGCUAGAACUGAACUCACGUUUGACUGCUGUAGAAUCACAACUGUCCACAUAUCGGCAGGACAAGUCUCGACUCGAGGCUGCCUUGGAGGUAGAACGAGCGAGACUGGACACUGCAGAGGAAGCAAAAAGCAGGUAAUAAACCUAAUAUUGACCCGAUCAAGGAUACAUAAAACAGUCGGUGACUUAAAAAUUAUUUAUAUUUCUCUCCAAAAAAAACGAUUUUCUUUCGCAAUUCGUUUUGUAUUCUUUACCCCAGCCUGGCCUUAUACGGUUUCUUAUACGAGGGAAAUAGACUUGGAAUAGUCUGAUUUUCGCACAACACUCUCGUUUGACUAUCAACAAUGGGCGUUUAUUCAAAUAGCUAGAAGGGAUAGGUCCACCAUCUUCUUUUACUCCUCAGACGGUAAAUUAGGAAUAGAGUGGAGCGACUAAUUCAGUGAUUUUGUUACCUCUGCGUCCUGCGUCCUUGACGCAUAGAAAUCCCCAAAGACGCAAAAUAAUUCAUCGCAUGCGUGCCUUAGACGCAAAGAAUGAUCAAUCGAUGGUGGCAUAUCCUGUUUGUGUGAUUUCUGUGGCUGUUGUUUAAAGAUGCAUAUAUUUAUUUUAGUCUCUUUUGUGCUUUAACUAUAUGGAAGGGCUAUAUUUUGAUUUCAGUAAACUGUAAUAAAGAGUUUUGUUGUCUGUCUCCAUAUACUGUUUGGUUACAUAAAGGCCCAAGCAUUUUCUAUUUAGGACUCCUUCUUUUUUUUGGAACUGGGACUCAUUGGUUAUGAACAUGCAGGGACUCAUGAUUUUUCACAAGAUGAGUCCUAAGACUCACCAUACUAUUUUUAACAAAAUCUCUGCUAAUUCUACAUGAUGAUGUUGAACCAGCGAUUCAGGUAUUCGCCAGUCACAUGCUCAGUCUAUUAACGGACGGUUUGGUGAAUAGAUAUAAUUAUUGCAAAUUGUACCGUGAAAAUUUACCUGUCUCCUAAUCGUCAACAUCAUCGUUUAUAGAGCGUUUUGGCACCAUAUUGGUGUUCCUAAACAGUGAAACGGCGGCCAUGUUGGUGUACCAAGACAAUCCUGGGAGAGCUGAAUUCUUUUCUUACUCAAACGCUUUCUUUUGUUCCAUUAAAUUUGCAUAGAUGCUGGCCACGUGAGGGAAAACGCUCUAUUGUAUUGAUUAUAACUAUCGUCAUCAUCAUCAUCAUCAUUGAAGGAUACCUGUUGAUGCGGAGGACAUACAAUUUUUUUCCAUUUCAAGACCAAAAGGCCAAUUUGGCCAAACUAAAACUAAUGAAAGUUUAUCAUACGCAGUAGUUCCGACGGCUUCACAUAUGUUCUACUUCCUUUGGUGCAAGGAAAUCCGUAUUUAAACUGAUAACUCAGUCCCAGUGGUGUCUGCUUAAUGCCUUUUGCUUUUGUCUUAGGCAAGCUGCUAGAGUAGAGACGUUGGAAGUCAAAUAUCGAAAAAUGAUGGAAGAUAACAACGUGGAAAAGGUAAGGCGCAGCUUUGGCGAGUUCUUUGGCGACGACCAUGGCGUUCCAGCGAAAACUCCAUAACUUAUUUUUUGAAAAUAAAAUUGCUAUCAAACCCUUUACAACAAGGACAGCGGACACUGAAGACGAGUUUAGUCCACUCGGAGGUAGAUUAAGUUGCAAUCUUACGCAAUCCCUUGAUAAAACUGACGCUUCUCUCUAAUCGACACUUGUUCUUGUGCCUUUGAUGUCCGCUUUUAAGACGUAAAUGCCUGACAUAGGUUAUUGAAUAAAAAUAUUGCAAAGGUCGACGUUCGACUUUGUCUUAAAAUUUUAUGCCGAAGGGUUUCAUUUCAAAGAUCACCAUGUUAAAAAGGGUGAAUGACCGGCCGGUGUUUUUUUUUUUUUUUUUUUUCAACAAAUAGUGCAAGGGAAAAACUGAAGUAAGCUGCGUGUUGUGAUCUCGUUGUUUUUGUUGUGGUUGUUGUUAAUGUUUCUUCUUGUUGUUAUUACAGGCGUUACUUGAACAACAGCUGGCUGUGGAGAGGAGCAAGUUGGAAACAGAGAAGAAAAGGUUUCAAAAUGCCCUGGAUGAACAGGUAGUUUUAGUAAUUAUCUUGUUUCUUGAUUUUGACUGAAAAAAAAAGAACAACAACAACAACGAUCAACUGGUAUUCUAUACCAGUACAGUAAUUAUACAAUGAAACAGUUCCGUACGAACUAGAUUCCUGCCACAAUUACCGUUUAAACUAAAGGCAGAUGUUGAACCAAUGUGGUAAAGUGAGUGCAAACAUUUGACCCUUUCAUCAGCAACACUUUGUUUCAACAACAACAACAAUUAGUGUCAAGAGAUGCAAGAUAACUUACUGACCUGACGCUUGUAUUACUGUAUAAGAGUAGAGAUUCCUACAUCAAUCUAAGGCUAUCAGUUUGUACUAUACUGGAUAUGACACAAUUUGGCGGAUAUUACGGGCGCUGUGGUUGGUCGUUGCUCACAGGAGCACAGGAAUGGUUAGCCUAGAAGGUUUAGUGCACGAAACUGUCAAUUCUCUUUUGUCAAUGCUUACUUGCUUCUCAGUGGGUUCCAGUCCUCGCCCCUACUUACUUUCGCCACGGUAUGAAUACCAAUCCACACUACGACGGCGAAUGACAGAAACUUAUCCUUUCAAGAUCCUCACGGCGUAGCUUCGCUCCGUUUUAAGGUGUGAACAGGAGCCCUAUCCUGUCGGCGCACGCGCAAGAGCUAUUUAGUAUGGUGUGAACAUAGCCUGAGUCGAUGAAUUUACUCAGGGUACAAUUUUUUUUUUUCAGGAGAGAAUCUUAUUGCGUCAGACCAGCUUUUCUGGAGUUCCUCCAUCGCCAUCCGCCUCUAAUGAACUUUCACAGGUAUGGGAAACUCAUGGGGUUUUCAAUUAAAUAUCUAGAAACCAAGUCCAGUGUGAACGACCAGUGAACUCAACGAACACAGAACACAGAAACUGCGUUUUAGUCAACGUUAGCAAUACUUGGUUUGUUGGGAAAAUGUGUUAAGUAUGCAAAUUCCCGAGAACCGGCCAUUUGUACUGUGGCGUCUUUUUACUACUGCUACCAGAAUCCUUCAGGUUUUUUUUUUAAUUCGCUACAUUCACAUUUCCAUAAUACAUCUUGUAUAGCCCCCAAAAGUUUUGCAAAAGCAUUGUUUCGUAUUUCUUUUGGAAUUUACAAUCCUCCCAAGAGAACUUGAAAACAAUACUUAUGCAAAAUUUUUAGAGGCUAAGCAAGGUAUAUCAUGGUUAAUGUGAAAGUAGUGAAUGAGGGCUUUUGUUAUUCAAACUUCACUGGGAUUGCCAAAUUUAAAUAUGAAAGAAAAAACAAAAUGAAUUCUGGUCUUAGUAGUAAAAACACGUCAUCGUGCAUAUGGCUUAUUUGAUGCAUCGCACUUGCAGUUCAUACUGAGAGCAGAAGGCAUUAGAACAGUAAGGCUUACAUGACAUACUACCCAAACCUGAAUACACAACAAAACAAACACAAUACGCUUAAUGACUAUAUUUCAAUUCUUUAAGGGUUGUAGGGCUGGUUUUUUAAAUGAAUUAGUAGGUAUCUGUUGUUGUUUUGUUUUGUUUUGUUUUGUUUUGUUUUUUUACAGGAGGAGCGUCUCGAGGGAUCCCCUCUCAGGAUGUAUGCUCGACAAAGUAGCAGCAGCAGUAUCGUCGAUGGCAUCUCAAGAGGCAUCAUGGGAGCUGGUCCUGCUAUGGUCGAAAGACUGCAGGCUCAGGUGAAACAAAAAGAUGGCGAAAUCGAGCUUCUUCAGGUGCCCAUAUUUCUUUGUAAUUCUCCUUUUAUUUUGGAAUAAAAGCUGGCGUCAUGUGAUUUGGAGGUGAAUACAGUGCUAACCAGUCCUUACCUUUCAUGCUGUUCAUAAGUGCAUGAAUGUGGUAGAACAAAAUAUGAACCAUUUAUUGAAAACUUCUGAGCAGUACUUUCCUGUGGUACUGUUUAUUGUGCUGUACAGGGUGUCUCAGUGCAUGAAAUCCUAAAGUGUUACCAGUACUUUUUUGUGAUAUUGUUGUUGUUGUUUUUUAUGCUGUGCAAAGUGAUUUUUGCCUUUGGAUACAAUCCUACAGUGUUAUCAUGUUAACGUAAUGGUUGACUGUUUUUAUCGCAGGACGAGAUUAACUCUUUGCAAAAAACACGCGACUCACUUACAGAGGAGUUGACUAGUGUCAGCUCUAAACUGGAGAAUGUUGAGCAGGACAGCUGGCGUUUGGCUGAUCUACGAACGCGUUACAAUGUAAGUCAUUCAAGGAUAAAAUAUUAUUUUAAAUAUUAUUGACGUUUGGGUCAGUCCAUCGAAAAAAUUGUAAAAAUCGGGAAUGGCCAAUGUAAUGAUCACGAGGUUUAUGCUGCAUCUUAAUAGAAAGAUUCCUGAAAUGCAAAUGAAUUAUUUUGCUUCGCCCCAAGUAAGGUAAUCCAAGACAGUCUAGGGUUCUAUAUUCCGGAUUCUUUGUCAGUGGAACUUGGAUUCCGGAUUCCAAUCGUUAGUGGGAUUCCGAAUUCCUUGAGCUAAAUUCCGGAUUCCAAAGUCCUGGAUUUUGGAUUCUUCAGAUUCCAGAAUCCGGAUCACCUUUUAUGUCUGCGGCGAUCCAACUGCCCCGAUUUCAUUUCCCCAUUGUUCCUUGUUCCCUUUCUUUGGUUACACUUCAAAAGCACUUCAGAUGUGUUAAAUUGCUGAUUGCCAGACUUCUCGCGCAAUUUUACUUGAAGUACAAGCCACUGAUAGCUUGUAUCUUUGCACCAUGGUGUUUCACGCCCAUUAUAAAGUAACUAUUUUAGAGUUUAGUUGUGCAGACCAUGAGUACAGAAAAAAGAGAAAGAUAUAAAAACGUAAUUUUGAAAAGGAAAGAAAAAAGUACCGAGAACUUUGGGAUAUUUUUCCUAUUAUUGAAAGCGUGAUUUGCUUAUACACAGUUUAAUUGACACUAACAUAAUUCAUUAGUAUUGUUAUCAAGAAAGUUCUGUUACGCUGGACGUUACUGUAGUUUCUUUGCUUAUUUUUGCGUCCGAAGGGCGCAGUCGUAAUAGCAUCUCUCAUCGAACUUUUCCCUGUUUUCAAGACCGCAUUAGCUUCUACCGGGCAAUUGUUGUCAGUUGUUGUUGCUUUUUUUUCUCUUGGGUGGGAACUGGCAUCUUUUUUGAGUUUCUGGCUAAAUCCCGUGAAUGAUCAUUCGUUGAAAUCAAUCGAUCCCUUUCCCUGUCGGGCGUAGUUCUAAUUUACAAUUUCUACAAGAAGUAUUAUCAUUUUUUAUUUAUUUGUUUGUUUGUUUGUUUUUUUUUUUCAGGAACUGGAUCAGAGACAUAAUGCAGUUUUACAAAUGUAUGGUGAAAAAGCCGAGGAGUGCGAGGAGCUUAAAAUGGACUUGGAAGAUGUGAAAUCCAUGUACAAAACACAGGUACAGAAAUUAUAG